GCAAGACAUCUCCAAAAUUGUUAUCGUUUAAGUUUUGUGCACGCAUACCCUUACUGGCGUGCUUUUGUUUUCUAGUAUCAAUGACCAUCGGCUCAGAUUAAUGGAACGAUAGGCCGGUGCAAAUAUCUCAAGCCAGCAUGUCGAAGGCCGACGAGUACCGCGAGCGCCAGGAGAACGAGGUGCUGGCCAUCGCGUCUAUGUACCCGGCCAAGGGCGAGUUCGAGGACCUGCGCCGGCGGGACGUGUGGAGCGUGCCGCGCCCGCCUGAGUUCCUGCUGCGCGUGCAGGCGUUGGCCGCGGCCGCCGGUCAGGCGCAGUGCUCCGUCAGCCUGCACCUGACGAUGCCGGCGCGGUACCCGGACGCGGCGCCCAAGGUGCAGCUAGAGCGUGCCGAGGGCGUUUCCGAAGCCGAACUGGCCUCGUUGCGUUCCGAGCUGGAGAAGCUGGCGCGCGAGCGGCUCGGCUCCGAGGUGGUGCUCGAGCUGGUGGAGCGCGCGCAGGCGCGGCUGGCGUCGCUCGCGCGGCCGCGUUUCGACUCGCUGCACGCCGAGAAGGAGCACAACGAGCGUCUGCGGCUGCAGGCGGAGGCGAGCACCGAGUGCGCCGAGCACGCAGGCUCGCGCCGGCUGGCGUUCGCCGGCCGCGACGAGGUGCUGUGCGGUCAGUGUCUGGAGCACACGGCUGCCGGCGCCGCCACGCGCACCGGCGUGGACACGCGCUCUGGCGAGUCGGUCCGGCUGCAGCAGUGGACGGUGCGGUGGCGGUCGGCGCACGCCACACGGAAGGGACGCGGCUCCGACCCGGCCGCCAAGGAGCGCAGAGAGAUGCUGGAGCAAAUCGGAGCGCUGCAUCGUGAGCUCGGCUCCCUGCAGAAGGUGCGCCACGACAAUCUUCUGCCCUACCUAGGCAUGACACACGAGGAGACGGCGGGGGGUGCCGAGGUGUUUGUACUGCAGGAUUUUGUGCAAGCCUCUGACGUCAGUCGGUAUGUGCGCCAGGGCGUGCAGAUGGACGCCCGUCAGCUGCGUCUGCUGGCGGUCGGACUGGUGGCGGCUCUGGCUCAUCUGCAUUCCAAGCACGUGAUCCACCGUGAUAUCCGCGACAGUAACGUGCUGCUGGAGAGCUCGGGCCGUGUGCGGCUAGCCGACUUCUCGGUGUGCCGGCGACUGGCCGAGUUGGCUGGCGCCUCGCCGCCGCCGCCGCCCGACUACCCGCCAUACUCUGGCCGAAGCGGGAAGAAGGCGGACGUGCAUCGGCUGGGGGUGUUGCUGGUGUCGCUGGCGCGCGGCGGCGUGUCGACCGAGCCGGCACCGGCGCCGCCCGACUGGCUACCCGAGUCGGCGCGCGACUUCCUGGCGCGCUGUCUGGAGCCGGAUGAGCAGCGCCGCUGGUCGGCCGAGCAGCUGGCCCAGCACGGCUUUCUCAGCGGCGAAGUAGGACCAACCAGCGUGCCCACGCCGUCCGCGCCCGCCUCCCCCGACGCCGAGCCGUCGGCCACCGGCAUCGUCGCUACGCCCGGGCCCAGCCAGCAGCUGGCCACAAACUUCCUGAUUCUGGAGCACCUGGGCACCGGCGGCUUCGGCGACGUGCUGAAGGUGCGCAACAAGGUGGACGGCAAGCUGUACGCCGUGAAGAAGAUCGUGUUGGAGCGGGACAGACCGCAGGACCAGCGCAAGAUCGCUGUGGAGGCGCAGCACCUCUCCAUCUUGCAGCAUGAGAACAUCGUGCGCUACUACACCUCCUGGAUGGAAUCGGAGGACGUGGAGGAGGAAGACGAGGAGGAGGACAGCGGCACCGAGGACGAGACACUGGCCGUGGUCUCGGAUCGCGAGGACUCCUCGGACAGUAUCGUGUUCGAGGCGCCGUCGGGCGCCGGCGGGGACGCCGCCGCAGCGCCAUUGAGCGACGACUCGCUUCCGCGAGCUGGUGGCCGGCGCUCCAGGCCCCGCGCCCGCCUUUGUCUCUGCAUCCUGAUGGAGUACUGCGAGAAGAGCACGCUGCGCACCGCGCUGCCGCGGCUCUGCGCCAACCAGCAGCUGCUGUGGCGUCUCUUCCGCGAGAUCAUCGAGGGCGUGGCGCACGUGCACCAGCACGGCCUCAUCCACCGAGAUUUGAAGCCGGAUAACAUUUUCCUUGACCAGAACGAGCACGUCAAGAUCGGCGACUUCGGCCUGGCCACGUCGAAGGUGGUGAAGCCGCGCGCGGAGGAGGCGACGCCGGACCGGGCGCAGGCCGAGGCGGCCGGCGACGUGUCGGACACAUCGUACGCCUACGCGGUGGGCACAGCGCUGUACCGAGCGCCGGAGCUGCAGCCGAGCGGCGGCCGGCGCGCCUACACCAACAAGGUGGACAUCUACAGCCUGGGCGUCAUCUGGUACGAGAUGUGCUGCGGCGCCUUUGCCACCAAGAGCGAGCGCGUGCAUCGCCUGAGCCAGGUUCGCCAGCCGGACGUUUGCGUGGCGGAGGACGUGCGCCAGCGUUUGACCGACCAGCAGCUGCAGGUGCUCCGCUGGCUGCUGGACCACGAGCCGACGGCGCGCCCCUCAUGCGUGGAGCUGCUUAGUUCCGAUUUGGUGCCGUCGCCGCCGCUCGAGGAGGCGCGCCUGCGCACCAUCUUCAGCGACACGGUGCGGCGGCCGGGCACGCGCCGCUACACCCACCUGGUGGACGCCUGCUUCUCCCAGCGCGCCUCGCACACGGACGACUGCGCGUAUGACGAGCGGCUGCCGCGCGGCCUGCACCCGCGCGAGCGCCAGGAGGCACUGUUCGGCGUGCUGGCGCCGCCGCUGCAGCGCCAGCUGGAGGCACUGGGCCUGUCGGAGCGCACCGCCGGCCAGCUGCUCUCCCGGCUGGAGGUGCGGGGCUCACUGGAGCGCGUGCAGGCGCUGUUCUCCAGCCGACGCCAGUCAGAGACGGCCCGGCAGGCGCUGCAUGAGCUAGCCGUGGUGGUCGAGUUCGCCGAAAAGCUGGGCGUCACGUACCCGAUGGUGGUACACCCUGGUCUGGUGCUGGGCCAGCAGCAGCGCCACUUCGCCGGGCUGGUCUUCCAGUUGGCGGCGCGCUGGGCGGCGGCGCAAGGCGCGCGCGCCCUCAUCCUGCCCAAGGACUCGGACGCCAAGAUGGUGCGCGUGCGGCCGCUGGAGCCGCCGCCGGCCGUCGGCUUGCCCCUGCGCUGGGUGGUGCAUCGCGACACGGCGCGGCCCAAAGAUCGUCAGAUGCUGGAGGCGGCAGCGGAGCGCCAGCUGGCGCCCGAGCUGCUGGCGCUCGGCACCGCCGCGCGGCCAGAGGUGCUGAUGGUCGAGCUGGACCAGGAGGACCUGCAGCAGCUGACCCGGCUCCGUCUCAACGAGCCCGAGUCCGCCUUCCAGCAGAGCGUCGACCAAGUGCUGGAGCGCUGCCGCGGCCAGCGCAAGUACGUGGCGAAGGUGUGCGACGAGCUGGCACGCGUGCGCGGCCGGCGCUGCGUCGUCGUGCUGUUCAAUUACCAGACGAGCAGCCGCCUGCUACUGGCGUGCGCCGGUGCUGACCACUGGCGUUAGCCGACGGCCGAGCGGCGCCCUCCGCUGAGGCCGGUCCCGCGGGGGGAUCGACCGCCCCGCAUCGGCGCCGAUGGUUGAGUCAUGCUCAUUGCGGUGUCCGCGGUUGGUGUGGGGGGGGACGUCUGCGGGCCAGUCCAUAGAAUGGGUGUCUGGUGUGGCACGCUUCCGGGGGCGCGUCGCGUGUGGGUAUUUAGUUGCCAGCUGAACUGAGACGUACUGACUUCGUGUUCAGAGUCGUCAUCCAGGUGACCAGUCGCGCUGUAAUAUAUUUUUACAGUUGCUUGGACUUAUGUUGGUGCUGUGCAUUGAGACAUGCAUUCUUUAACAGUGUCAUGAAUUGGCCUUGCAUUUGCGUGCGCUGGUUGGCUAUGACAGGGGAACCAAAAACUUAGUGCUCUAUCGGGUGUUUCCAGGCAACAGCGUUUGUGAUCUGUUUGGACAGUAUUUUCUGUCGGCCCUGUUGUGAAUGCCGCGCUGCGGUUGAUGUGAUAUGUGUUGGGCAAGACGGCGAUCUCCGCUUCUGAGCUUGGUGCUGACAUUCUCAGAAACACAAAUACCAUUUGAGAUGGGAGCCCUCGUCCGGAGAAGGUUUGUGACUUUUGGGGGCAUUGUUAUGUCUUCUGAAUAAAUGCGUAAUAUUUGAAUUGA